AUGGCGCUUCCGCCAGAGCAGAUCAACAUCAAGCGUCGGCGCGAGGAAGAGCCCGUCGAGACCUUAUUCAUUCAAUCCGCACUCCAUCAAACCAAGCGGCGCUUCACUGACUUCGUCUUCCACAGAGUCACUCUGAAAGCCAGCGAGAGCGGGAGUGGAGAUGCAUCUCCAAGUCCACCAACAACGCCAGUCGUGCAGCGGCUGUUGAAGAGCCCACGCUCAGUGAGCAGUCUUCAUGUUAACCGGCGCGCGCCAGCAUCUACGAUAGGCGUGCCUACGGUGCGGGCCACCUCGCCGGGUGCUGAAUUCCGCGAGGCGCAGCGAAUUGUAACCGUGCGCAAAGAAGCAGAGGCAAAGCACAGACGUGCCGUCUACGGGGGCCCUUCUCCGUUCACUGAUCUGCAGCCCAACUCUGCGGCCAGCUCUGAUGUGCCCCACCAACCAGCCUUACAUGACAGCAACCCAACAUCGGCGGAUGUAUCCUCCAGCCGCGCGCAGACCCUGCGCCGCUUCCAGAUCUCACGUUCAAAUCUUGACUCCCUAAGAAGUUCCCCUGGGGGGGUUCAAAAGCGACGCGCUGGUGGCCCUGCACCUGGUGUGGCUGUGCUGGUUGAGCAGCUGCAGCGGAAUGCGCACACCCGCAAGGCUUCCAUGGUCUCGGACCUGGUUGCGGAUGCACGGGCUCUCUCGUUAAAGCCUAAGGAACUUGUCCAGGACACAGACACCAUACCCCCGUCACCGGUUAAACCACGCAAACGACCUGUUGUUAACCAGGCCGAGAGACGGUGGCGUGAGGAGCGCAAGGGUGUCAUUUCGGCUGCGAAACAGCAUCUAUCUGAUACCUUGGAGAAAUCCGCUCAGACACUGCAAAGGAGCUGGGAUCAGGAAUCUGAACGUCUGGCUCAUGAUCUCGAGCAGGUCGCGCUGGAGCUCGAGCGCGAGGCUGACCAAGACCAUGGAAUGGACCUCGAUCCCCGGGUCGUUGGAAAGCCGGCCCCUCCCCCGCCUGCAUCUUUACAGCAAGCUUUCAGCACGGCUCCUAUGUCCCCUUUGAAACACCAGCCCCGGCAGCCUAAGGAACCGAGAGUUGCACCUACACCGCCGCAGUCUUCGGAAGUAAUUGAACAGGCUGUGGAGGAGGAUGACGAAGGCGACUAUGUCUACGAUGUUUACGUCCGGCGCCCGCUUUCAGAAGCCGAGAUGCUGAAGAAUCCGCUCGCCGAAUACGAGUCUGACCAGCAGCACAACCAUAUCGCCAAGACUCAGCCCGGAGUUGGUGUCAUUGUCAUCACGGCCGAGGACGAGGAGUACUGGGACGACUUUAUUGAAGAUGACGAGGAAGAGUGGGAUAGUGAGGAUGCGGACUCUAAUGCUGAAAACAACCCCGCCAACGAUUACCCAGAUGAAGAAGCGUCGUCUGAUGACGAUGAAUUUGACUUCGAGGAUUCAGCGAGCGAGGAUGGCGGGACUGGGUACAUGUCUCGCUACCGCGGGCACGUAGACUCGGAUGAAGACUACUGA